UUUGAGUUGAGAUUAUCAGCCUCAAAUGAAUAUCGCACAACAUUCAUUCUUGCACAAAGGGAGCAUCUCAAUUGUGUUGUGACUUGUGAAGCGCAAGAAAAAAAUAUACGUGGUGAAUUUUGAGUUACAGAAACAGGUUUCCGCAAUGAGUUCCAAUCUUGUGUUGAACCCCUUCUUGUCCAACUCCGCCAUUGGAGAAUCAACAAAACCUCCAAAAAUUCUUUCUUGCGUGGGCCCAUCUCUUCGAAUUCGGUGCUCAUCAGAAUACUCCGUCGCCACUGAGGUAUCUGGAAAGAGUGCUUCACUGACUGGUGGAGCAUAUGAUUUUGGUAGAGCUACUACUUCACUUACUCAAAAAUUGUUGUCUUCUCCAAAGAAGGUUACUUUGGUUCGGCAUGGUUAUAGCACUUGGAAUAAAGAAGGUAGAGUUCAGGGCAGCUCAAACCUGUCAGUCCUAACCGAAGAAGGCAUUGAACAAGCCAGAAAAUGUCGGACAGCUCUGUCUGAGAUGCACUUCGACCAGUGCUUCUCAAGUCCAAUAUCCCGUGCCAAGUCUACUGCUGAAAUCUUAUGGCAAGGGAAAGAGCAGCCUUUGAUUUAUCUCGAUUCGCUGAAGGAGGCUCAUCUGUAUUUUCUGGAAGGCCUUACAAAUGUGGAUGCCAGGAAACUAUAUCCCAAGGAGUUUGUACAAUGGAGAGAAGAUCCCUCCAAUUUAUGCAUCAAUGGAGUUUAUCCACUAGAGAAGCUGUGGGAGAGAGCUCUUGAAGCUUGGUCGGAAAUCUUACUUACACCGGGAGAAAGUUCAUUGGUUGUUACUCAUAAAUCAAUCUUGAGGGCAAUGAUCUGCACAGCCCUUGGGCUUGGCCCAGAGAGGUUCCGAGCAAUGGAUGUCAACAACGGUGGAUUGUGUGUUUUUAGCUUUAACAAGAACGGGGAACCGAUGCUUAAAGCCUUGAAUAUGACUGCCCAUAUGUACACCGAUCACGUCUAUCAUUACUAG